AUGAAUGAUUCAUUGUCGAAAAUUACUUCUAUGAUAGAGUCCGCCAAGGACUUGUCACUUGAAGCGGCAAUGUCAGCAUCUGCAAGACUCAUUGAUACACAAAGUGUUUCACGUCCUCAAGAGAUUUCUGCACUUCUCAACUCCAGAUCAAAUAGGGACAUUCUGAAUGGUAUGAAAUGUGUCCUUGGACUAAUUGCGAGAGGAGAAGAUGCCAUACCGUACUUUGCAGAUGUGGUGAAGAAUGUCACCAAUGAAAAUACAAAAAUCAAGCAAAUGGUGUUUAUUUAUUUGACAAAGUAUGCAAACGUUCAAGCAGAUGCGGCAUUACUAUCGAUCAAUUCCAUACAGAAAACACUUAAUGAUAAGGUCCCUUUGAAUAGAGCCAAUGCAAUCAGGUCUUUGGCAGGAAUUAAGAUUCGCUCGAUUAUACCGAUACUUUGCUUGAGCUUAAAGCGGACUACAACAGAUCCGUCGCCACUGGUUCGUGCUGCAAGUGCUAUGGCAAUAGGAAAAGUAUAUGCAAUAUCUGGUAAAUCUAAAAAACAGCUUUUUGAUCUUUUGGGGAAUUUGUUGGCCGACAGUGAAGCUGUUGUUGUCUCAGCGGCUAUUAAAGCGUACAACAAAAUUUCUUCAAAAGUACGCAACGAGUCACAGAAAUGGAAGUUCAUUCAUGGAAAUUACAGAAGAAUCUGCUCUUUGUUGAUAAAGCUCGACGAGUGGGCGCAGGUUUAUGCCAUUGAUGUCCUUACGAUAUAUUGUCGAAAAUUCAUUGCCAAACCAUCGGGGGAAAGCGUUGAUCCAGAUUUGAUUUUAUUUGUUCAAUCAUUGAAGCCCUUGAUGCAAUCUAUUUCAGACAUGGUUGUUCUCAGUGUCGUGAGAGCAAUUUACCUCUUAGCGCCAACACAUUUGACCAAUUUGGACGCAAUUCUUGUUGGCAUUUCAUCGGCAACGAAUGACACACAAACCAGGAUGUAUGCCUUACAAGUCAUUGAGCGCAUCUGCCUAGACAAUAAGUACCUAUUUGCGAACAAGUUCAGACUGUUUUACGUAUCGCCUGACGAUUCUUUAAAUAUAGCGACUUCGAAAAUCAGCAUUUUGGGCUUGAUCUCCAACGAAGCAAAUUUCAAGUAUAUUUACGAGGAACUCAAGUACUACUCGUUGCACUCGAUGCGGAAAGGUGUGGCGAAGGAAUCCAUAAGGGUCAUGGCAAGAUGCUCUCAAAUCUCACAAGAGUGGAGUGAGAAGAUCUUGCGCUGGAGUUUGGCAAACAUUACGAUUUUGAAAGGGGAGGUUCUAAAUGAAGUUUUAACAGUUGUUCGGUACAUAGUUCAACAAAAGUGUGAUACAAACGGUGACCGCAAGACAAUUGAGAUUAAAACAACCCUCAAUCAAUUAGCAGAUUACUUGAACAAUGACGCAUUGGAUUUGGAAAAUGAUGCGAAGGCAUCCAUUAUAUGGACAAUCGGUGAGUAUACUGCUCUAGCAGAAAAUAGUAUUGGUCCGGAUGUUUUAAGGAAAGCGCUUGGGUCUUUUGCAAGGCAAGCCGCCUGCGUUCGAUACCAAUUGUUGGUAUUGGCAAGUAAGAUAGUGGCAUUUGAGAUGAGCAGACUAACUGGAGAACAUGGAGACUCGGACAAAGACAAGCAGAUGAUCAAUUCCAAAUUGCAAAGCUCGAUCGAAUUCAAAAUGUUUGAGCAUACGUUGCAUUUAGCGAAAUACGAUCCUUCGUACGAUACAAGAGAUCGAGCUAGGAUGUUUAGUGUGUUGCUACACUCUGGUGUUGAUAGAGCGCCAUUGGCUUCGUUGAUUUUGCAGGUCCCCAAACAAACUCCAUUGGUCAGCGAUAUGGCAGCUGGUAACAAGUUCAAUGCGAUAGGACUGUAUUUCAAAGUUUUGGAAUGGAAUUCAGAUCCUUCUCAGUUGCCUGCGUCGCUGAUUAGAAAGGAAGCUCCAAUACAGUACAAUAAGUUGUCAAACGCAUCGAGUGCGUUUACUGAACGCUCAAAAUCGCCUAGUCCUGUGAAUCCACUGUCUUUUUCCUCCAAUCAGUUUAAUAAUGGUAGUGUCAGUCGACCAGAGCAAGCUGCAAAGUCGUAUAAGUUGCAAAGCUUGGACGAAUUUUUUGGAAAUGAUGAUGAGUCUAGUGAAGAGGAGGAAGAGGAUGAGGAAGAGGAUGAUGAAGAGGGGGAUGAUGAAGAGGAGGAAGAGGGGGAUGAUGAUGAUGAUGAUGACGAUGAUGACGAUGGUGAUGAUGUGAGUGAGGUAGAUUCCAGUGAUGAAAAUGAUGACGAGGAGGGCGAAGACCAUAUAUAG